AAAUGUUGCAACAUUUUCAUUUUCUAUCAUACCGUUAAGUGGUUUAUAUAUAUAUAUACGCACAUUGUAUAAUAAGAUUCAAUGAAAUUGUGUGAGAAAUAAAACGAAGAAAGAAAUCAAAAAACCAUGUUUUUCAAAUUAAUAUGUUUAGCGCUUUUAGCACUAAUGCUAUUGGCGUUGACAACGAUAACAGUAACGGAAGCUCAAGGCGAUGGUCGUUAUAGACCACCAUCACCAAAGCCGGCGGCAAGACCUGGAUCGGGCGAUAAUGGAGGAGGACGUUACCGUCCUGGUGGUGGCGCCGGUGACGGUAGAUACAAAGGCGGUGGCGAUGGCCGUUACAGAGGCGGUGGUGACGGUAAAUAUCGCGGCGGUAAUGACGGGAGAUAUGUUCACAAAGAUGUAAAAUAUGUGCACGAUGAUCGUCCGGGUGGCGCUUAUUCCGGUGGAGUGGAACCUUAUAAGCCAGAUCGUAACAUUCAAGUUACACCAGCUCCAGCUCCACCCCCACCACCGCCUCCACCACCACCUACUCGUCCUCCCAUAUCGGAUGCCGAAGCUAAAGCCAGAGCAGAAGAAACACGAAGAGCAUUAGAUGCUUUAGUGGGCAUCAGCAGCAAAACUCUGCCACAAGGCAAAGGCACUGGCGAAGGUCGCGGCGGCUGGACUAUUAUACGUUUAGAAGAUCAAAUGCAAAAAGAUGGCUAUCAUUUUCUUUACGAGACCGAAAAUGGUAUUUUAGCUGAAGAAAAUGGUAAAAUCGAACAAUUGAGCUCAGAUGAAGGUUUAAGAUCGCAGGGCUUCUACGAAUAUACCGGUGACGAUGGUUUACUAUAUCGUGUGGAGUAUACAGCUGACGAUAAUGGUUUUGUUCCACGCGGCGAUCACAUUCCAGAAACCCCGCCAUCAGUCAUUAAGCUAUUGGCUUAUUUACGCGAAAAGGGUCAACUUCAGUAACAAAUUUAAUUUUUUCUCGGCUUAAUUGCAAUUUUAAAUGAA